UAGCUUCUCGUCUUUAUUACAUCCGGCCGGAGUUCUCCCAACAACAAACCACCCGUGCUUGUGAAAGGGGCGAGACGUUCACGGCUAUAAAAUCGCCAUUCAAUGGAUAUUAAACAGCAUUUGGCUACUCAAUUAAAAUAAAAUAAUAUUCUUUAAACAACGCUAGUUAAUUAAAAUAAAAUAAUUAUGAUUCUCAGACUUGCUCUUAUCAGUUCUGCAUUUUUGGCAAUUACUGUCCGAGCAAUUCCUGUCGACAACUCUCUUGUAGGGGAACCAGAAAUAGAAUGUGGGGCAACAUCUAUUACUGUAAACUUCAAUACCCAAAACCCAUUUGAGGGGCACGUUUAUGUUAAAGGACUUUUUGACCAGCAAGGAUGCCGUUCAGACGAACAUGGAAGACAAGUAGCUGGUAUUGAACUUCAAUUCGAUACUUGUAAUGUUGCACGUACUCGUUCAUUGAAUCCAAAGGGUGUAUUUGUGUCAACAACAGUUGUUAUAUCCUUCCACCCUCAAUUUGUUACUAAAGUUGACAGAGCAUAUCGUGUCCAAUGCUUCUACAUGGAGGCAGACAAAACUGUUUCUGCACAGCUUGAGGUGUCCGAAAUUACAACCCAAUUCCAAACACAAAUUGUACCUAUGCCUGUGUGUAAAUAUGAGAUCCUCGAAGGGGGCCCAACUGGUCAACCAAUUCAAUUUGCCAUUAUUGGCCAACAAGUUUAUCACAAAUGGACUUGUGAUUCAGAGACAAUAGACACAUUCUGCGCUGUUGUACAUUCUUGUACUGUUGAUGACGGUAAUGGUGAUACUGUCCAAAUAUUGAAUGAAGAGGGUUGUGCUUUGGAUAAAUUCUUAUUAAACAACUUGGAAUAUCCAACUGACUUAAUGGCUGGACAAGAAGCUCACGUUUAUAAAUAUGCUGAUCGUUCACAACUUUUCUAUCAAUGCCAAAUUAGUAUUACAAUUAAAGAACCUCACAGUGAAUGUGCACGUCCAAAAUGUGCAGAGCCUUCUGGCUUUAAUGCUGUCAAAGUUGGCGCUGGAGGGGCGGCGGCAGGAGGAGCACCACCUGCCCCAGCUGCAGCAACACCUGCACCUCCCCCUCAAUCUCCAGCACCCGCAAAUCCAAUUUCUGGACGUCGUCCCGCUGCUGCAGCACUUGCCCAACUCCGACUUUUACGUAAACGCCGUUCAGCUCCAGGAGAACAAAUACUUGAUGUUCGUACUGAAUUUAGUGCUCUCGACAUUUCUGACAAGACUCCAGUCUUGCCAUCAGAAAUCCGUACUCGUCAACCAGAACGAUUUUUAAUGGCCACUGUCCAAGAAGGAAUUUGUAUGAGCAGUUUUGGCUUUUCAAUGUUUAUAGGCCUCGGAGGAAUGAUGUUAGCAGCUACAGUCGUUGUGUUAACUUAUGCUUUCCGGCCUCACCAAGUGUUAAGCAACACAAAAGCUUAA